AUGGAUCCAGUUGUCUCUACAGCUACUGAAAGUGCACUUAUUAUUACAGCAAAUGUGGUCAAACGACAAGUCGGUUACUUUUUUAAUUACAAAGAAAAAUUUAAAAAGUUGGAAUCUUACAUUGAGAAGUUGGAACAUAAUAAAGUGAGACUACAACAUCAAGUUGAUAGUGCACUAAGGAGUGGAGAAGAAAUUGAAAAUGAUGUUCAACAUUGCUUAAAGCUCAUGGAUGAGAAGAUAAAAGAAUAUAAAAGUUAUAUUAAUGAUGAUUGUCAUGCAAAGACAAUUUGCUCAAUUGGUUUCUUUCCAAAUAAUUUCCGACUGAGAUAUCAAUUGGGUAGAAAAGCUACAAAGAUGGUUGAAGAAAUAACAGGAGGUGAGCUUUGGAAAACUUCUUUCGACAAUGUUUCGUACCAAGAAUUUCCAUCCGUUGAUGCAACUUUUUCAAACAAUGGUUAUGAAAGCUUUGCAUCAAGAACUCAAACUAUGGAGAUGAUCAUGAAAGCACUGCAAGACUCUACAGUUGGUUUGAUUGGAGUUUAUGGGCCUGGUGGUGUGGGUAAGACGACUUUAGUCAAAGAAAUUGCUAACAAAGUUAGAGAAAAGAAUUUGUUCGAGAUAGUCAUCAUAGCAAAUAUUACAGGAAAUCCUGACUUCAAAAAAAUUCAAGAGCAAAUUGCUGGCAUGCUAGGAAUGCAAUUGGAAGAGGAAAGUGAGAUUGCAAGAGUAGAUCGCAUUCGAAAGAGGUUAAAGAAUGAAAAGGAGAACACCCUUAUUAUCCUUGAUGAUCUUUGGGGUAGAUUAGACUUUAAUAAACUUGGGAUUCCAUGCAAUGAUGAUGCAAGCCAACAAGAAGUCAAUGACAUGUCUGAUUUUGGUUCCAACAACGACAUAUCUGAUUUUGGUUAUAAUAAGAAAGAAAUGAAAGAGUUGUCAAAAGUUGAUUUGACUAAGAUGAAAAAGGAAAAAUUGUCUAACGAUUAUAGAGGAGGCAAAAUUCUUCUAACAUCUAGGUAUAAACAAGUAUUAUGUAAUGAAAUGGAUGUGCAAGAAAGCUCAAUUUUUUCCGUAGGAGUCCUUGACGAAAAGGAAUCAGAGACUUUGCUUAAGAAAGUUGCGGGUGUGAAAAAUUCUGAGUUUGAUAGGAAUGCUACUGAAAUUGCCAAAUGGAGUGCUGGGUUUCCAAUAGCCUUAAUUUCCAUAGGAAGGACACUAAAGAAUAAAAGCUUAUCCACAUGGGAAGAUGUCUGUCAACAAAUUAAAAGACAAAAUUUUACAUCAGAAUGGGGAUUUACUGACUUCUCAAUAAAGUUGAGCUAUGAUCAUCUAAAAAAUGAGGAGCUUAAGUGUAUUUUCUUACACUGUGCAAGAAUGGGAAAUGAUGCUUUGAUUAUGGACUUGGUGAAAUUUUGUGUUGGUUUGAAUUUGCUUCCAAGAGUUCACACACUUACAGAUGCGAGGAAAAGAGUAAAGGAGAUGAUACAAGAGCUAGAAGAAUCAAGUUUGUUGGUGAAAAGUUAUUCUAUUGACCGCUUCAACAUGCAUGACAUUGUGCGAGAUGUUGCUCUUUCAAUAUUAUCCAAAGAAAAAGAUGUGUUGUAUAUGAAAAAUGAAAUACUUGAUGAGUGGCCUCACGAAAAUGACUUUGAAAGGUACACUGCCAUUUUUCUACACUCUUGUGACAUCAAAGAUGAGCUUCCUAAGAGAUUACAUUGUCCUCGAAUUGAAGUCUUACAUAUUGAGAAUGACACUGAAUCUUUCAAAAUACCAGAUUACUUUUUUAAAUUUAUGAUUCGUCUCAAAGUGUUGGUAUUGACCGGUGUUAAUCUAUCUCGCUUACCUUCCUCAAUUAAAUGCCUAAAAAAACUAAGAAUGCUUUGUUUGGAGAGAUGCACUCUAGGAAAGAACUUAUCCAUCAUUGGUGAGUUAAAUAACUUACGAAUUCUUAGUCUUUCAGGAUCUAAUAUUCAAAAUUUGCCUCCUGAAUUUGGGCAAUUGGAUAAGCUUCAAUUUCUUGACAUAAGCAAUUGCUUAAAACUACAUAUAACUUCCAAUAUCAUACCGAGGAUGGGCAUUUUAGAAGAGUUUUAUAUCAGAGACAACUUGAUUAUAUGGGAGGCUGAAGAGAAUAUGAAAAGUGAAAAUGCCAGUCUCUCUGAGUUGAGGCACUUGAAUCAGUUACAAAAUCUAGACAUACGCAUCCAUAGUUCUUCCCAUUUUCCGCAGAAUUUGUUUUUUGACAGGUUGAAUAGUUACAAGAUUGUCAUUGGUGAAUUCAACUUGUUUAACUUGAUUAAAGUGGGAGAAUUCAAAGUCCCUGACAAGUAUGAGGAGGUGAAAUUUUUGGCAUUAAACCUAAAAGAAGGUAUUGAUAUUCAUUCUGAAAAAUGGAUUAAAAUGUUGUUCAAAAGUGUCGAAUGUUUGUUGUUGGGAGACCUCAAUGAUGUUGAAGAUAUUUUCUACGAAUUAAAUGUUGAAGGAUUUCCAAAUUUGAAACAUUUAUCCAUUGUAAGCAAUUUUGGCAUUAAGUAUAUUAUCAAUCCAAGGGAGCGGUUUCACUCUUUAGUCGCUUUUCCCAAAUUAGAGUCCAUAUGGCUUUACAAAUUGGAUAAUUUGGAAAUAAUAUGUGACAAUCAGCUUGUAGAGACCUCUUUCCGCAAUUUAAAGGUCAUCAAGAUUCAAACAUGCAUUAAAUUGAUAAACCUUUUCCCAUUUUGCAUAGUUAGACUCCUCACUAAGCUUGAAACAAUUGAAGUGUGUGACUGUGAUUCUUUGAAGGAGAUAGUUUCAAAAGAAAGCCAAACUCAUACUAUCAGCAAUGAUAAGAUUGAGUUUCCCCAAUUACGAAUUUUAACAUUGAAGUAUCUACCAACAUUUAUUUAUUUAUAUAAUGCUGAUAAGAUUCCUGGUAGUGCACACUCAUUGCAAGACCAAGUAUUCCAACAAAGGAACCAAGAUAUUGUUGUUGAUGUUGAGCACAGGGUCACCAAUUCUUGUCUUCCACUCUUCAAUGAAAAGGUCUCAACUCCCAAAUUAGAAUGGUUGGAGUUAUCCUCCAUCAACAUCUGUAAGAUAUGGAGUGACCAAUAUAACCAUUGCUUUCAAAAUUUGCUUACAUUGAAUGUGACAGAUUGUGGUAAUUUAAAGUAUUUAUUGUCGUUCUCCAUGGCUAGAAGUUUGGUGAAUCUUCAAAGCAUUUUAGUAAGUGAAUGUGAAAUGAUGGAGGAUAUAUUUCGUCCAGAAGAUGCAGAGUAUAUUGAUGUGUUCCCUAAGUUGAAGAAAAUGGAGAUUAUCUGCAUGGAGAAACUCUCUACCAUUUGGAAAUCUGAUAUUGGUUUACAUUCCUUUAGCAAUUUGAACUCUUUGAUCAUAAGAGAGUGCCAUAAACUUGUUACAAUUUUUCCUAAUUUUAUGGGGCAAAGAUUGCAAAGCCUUCAAAGCUUCGCAAUUAAAGAUUGCGAAUUGGUUGAAAACAUAUUUGAUUUUACACAUAUUCUGCACACUUUUGAUAUUGUUGAAGCAAAUUUGGGUAAUAUAAUUCUAGAAGACCUGCCAAAUUUGGUGAACGUAUGGAAGGGUGAUACUGGUGAAAUACUCAAAUGUAAUAAUUUGCAAAGCAUAAAAGUUGAUGAGAGUCCAAAAUUGAAAUAUCUAUUUCCAGUUUCUAUUGCCAAUGACCUACAAAAACUAGAAGUCCUUGAGGUACGAAAUUGUUGGGCAAUGACAGAGAUUAUUGGUUUGGACAAACAUUCAAGUGAAAGUGCUAUCACCUUUAAAUUUCCUCAUUUAAACACUCUAUCAUUAAUUGACUUGCAUGACUUGAGGAGUUUCUACUCAGGAAUUCAUACUUUAGAGUGGCCACCAUUAAAGAAAUUGGAAAUAGUCGAUUGUAGCAUGCUCCAAGGAUUGACUUCAGAAAUCACAAAUUCAUCAGAGCAACCAAUUGUUUUAGCUACAAAAAAGGCAAUAUAUAACUUGGAAUACAUGUCGGUGAGCUUGAAGGAAGCAAAGUGGUUGCAAAAAUACAUUGUUAAUGUUCACAGAAUGCACAAACUAGAAGAACUUACUUUGUAUGGGUUGAACAAUAAUAAAAUUUUCUUUUGGUUUCUUCAUAGAAUUCCCAAUUUGAAAAGUUUAACAUUGGGACAUUGUCACAUGAAAAGAAUUUGGACUCCUAAAAGUCUUAGUUCAUGUGAAAAAAUAGGUGGUGUUAUGCAACUUAAAGAGUUAGAAUUACGUAGCAUGUGGUCUCUAGAGGAGAUUGGUUUUGAGCAUGAUGUGCUUCUUCAAAGGGUAGAACGCUUAAUCAUCCGUGGAUGCAAAAAAUUGAGAAAUCUAGCAUCAUCGUUAGUAUCUUUUAGUUGCUUAACAUCCUUAGAAGUGGUGAACUGUAUGAUGAGGAAUUUAAUGACACUCUCAACUGCUAAAACCUUAAAUCAACUCACAACGAUGAAAGUAAGUUCAUGUCCAUUAAUUCUGGAAAUUGUUGCAGAAAAUGAAGAGGAAAAUAUACAAGAGGUUGAGUUUAAACAAUUAAAAUCAUUAGAAUUGGUGUCUCUACAAAAUCUCACAAGUUUCUCUAGUGUUGAAAAGUGUGACCUAAAAUUCCCACUACUAGAAAAAUUAGUAGUGAGUGAAUGCCCUAAAAUGACAAAAUUAUCUGAAGUCCAAAGUGCUCCAAACCUACAAAAAGUACAUGUUGAAGCAGGAGAAAAAGACAAAUGGUAUUGGGAAGGUGAUUUGAAUGGCACUCUACAAACACAUUUCACAAACCAGGUUUCUUUUGAAUAUUCAAAGGAUAUAAAACUUGUUGAUUAUCCCGAGAGGAAAGUUCGACGUGGUAAAUUUGCUUUUCCGGAAAAUUUCUUUGGUUGUUUGAAGAAAUUGGAAUUUGAUGAAGGAUGUAAAAGAGAUACUUUGAUUCCCUCUCAUGUACUACCUUACUUGAAGAACUUAGAAGAAUUGAAUGUGGAGAAAUGCGAAUCAGCACAACUAAUAUUUGACAUAGAUGAGAGUGAAAUCCAGACAUAUGGAAUGGUGUUUCAUUUGGAAAAGCUUACUUUAAAAAACUUGUCAAAUUUAAAAUGUGUAUGGAAGAAAAAUCUCGAAGGAAUAGUCAGCUUUUACAAUUUGGAAACAGUGCAUGUUGAUAGUUGUGGAAGCCUAGUAACAUUGUUCCCUUUAUCACUUGGCAAAAAUCUUGGGAAGUUGAAGACACUUAAAAUAAAGGAGUGUGAGAAAAUGGAAGAAAUAGUUGGAAGGGAAGAUGAAAUUGAACAUGGAACGACAAUAAUGUUUGAAUUCCCUUGUUUGUCAUGUCUAAAUCUUGAAAAGAUGCCACUGUUGAGUUGCUUUUACCCUGGAAAGCAUCAUUUAGAAUGUCUCUUGUUAGAUAGACUAUAUGUGGCGUGGUGUCCUAAGCUGAAGGUAUUCAGAUCAAGCUUUGAUGAUGAUAGUAAAAAAGAAGUUUUAAAGGCUCCAAGUAACUUGUUACAACAACCUUUGUUCUCGAUUGAAAAGGUUUCUCUCAAACUAGAGGGAGUGACACUCAAUGAGGAAAACAUUAAGGUUAUGAGUGAUGCACGUUUGCCACAAGACCUUCUUUGUAAAUUAAAAAUUCUUAUACUAUCCUUUGAGGAUGAUAACAAUGGGAAAGAUAAUUUGCCUUUUGAUUUCUUCCACAAGGUACCCAAUUUAGAAAAUCUUAUAGUAGAGAAAUGUUUUGGUCUGAAGGAGAUAUUUCCCUCUCAAAAGCUUCAAGUUCACGACAAAGUAAUGGCUGGAUUGAAACGACUAUUAUUGUCGGAAUUAAGUGAGUUAGAAUGUAUAGGUUUAGAGCAUUCGUGGGUACAACCAUAUUCCAAAAAGCUCGAAUUGUUAAGUCUUUACAGUUGCCCUCUAGUAGAAAACAUAGUUUCUUGUGCAGUGUCAUUCAUCAAUCUUAAAGAUUUAUAUGUGAUUGACUGCGAAAGGAUGGAGUAUUUAUUCACGUUUACAACACUCAAAAGUUUGGUGAAACUUGAGACUCUAAGCAUAGGAUAUUGUGGAUCAAUCAAAGAAAUUGCAAGAAAUGAAGAGGAAGAUGGUUGCGAUGAAAUAAUAUUUGGACGACUCAGAUCAAUUAAGCUGGAAUACUUACCGAAGCUAAUAAGCUUUUAUUCAGGAAAUGCCACCUUGCAAUGCCCAUAUUUACAAAUUGUGAUGGUAGCUGAAUGUCCCAAUAUGAUAACUUUCUCUGAAGGGGUCAUAAAACUAGCAAUGUUUUCGGGGAUUCAAACAUCCGAAGAUUCUGAUUUCACUUUCGACGUCGAUCUCAACACAACUGUCGAAAGCUUAUUUCAUGAAAAGGAAUUUUUCAACCAUUCAAAGCACAUGAUUGUUGAUGAAUAUCUUGAGAUGACGGAAGUUCAGCACAUAAAACCUGCUAUUUCAGACAAUUUCUUUGGAAGUUUCAAGGAAUUGGAAUUUGAUGCAGCAUGCAAAAGAACUGUCGUAAUUCCAUUUCAUGUACUUCCUUACUUGAAGAACUUAGAAGAAUUGAAUGUGCAUAGUUCUGAUGCAGUAAAGGUAAUAUUUGACAUUGAUGAAAAUGAGGACAAGACAAAGGGAAUAGUCUCUAGUUUGAAAAAACUUACUUUAAACAAGUUGUCAAAUUUGAAACAUGUAUGGAAGGAAAAUUCCACAGGAAUUAUCAGCUUUCAUAAUUUGCAAGAAGUGGUUGUUAAUGAUUGUGGAAGUUUGAUAACAUUGUUCUCUUCAUCCCUAGCAAGAAAUCUCGGGAAACUUAAGAAGCUUGAAAUAACCGAUUGUGGAAAACUGGUAGAAAUAGCUGAAAAGGAAGAUGGAAUGGAACAUGGAACCAAAAUAAUGUUUGAACUCCCUUGUUUGUCGUCGCUAUUUCUUGUAAACAUGCCACUCUUGAGUUGCUUUUAUCCUGAUAAGCAUGAUCUGGAUUGUCCGUCAUUAGAAGCCUUAUUUGUGGGCUAUUGUCCUAAAUUGAAGCUAUUCAUAUCAGACAUUGAUGAAAAUCAGAAAGGAGCUAUAGAGGCUCAAAUUAGCCCACUGCAACAACCUAUGUUUUCAGUUGAAAAGGAGAUAUUUCCCUCUCAAAAACUUCAAGUUCACGACAGAGAACUUGUGGGAUUGAAAGAAUUAUUCUUGCUAGAUCUUAGAGAGUUAGAGUUGGUGGGCUUAGAACACCCUUGGGUAAAACCGUACUCUGAAAAGCUUCAAGUGUUAAAGCUUCACAAUUGCCCUCAGUUACAAAAAUUAGUUCAUUGUGCAGUGUCUUUCAUCAAUCUUAAAGAAUUGCGAGUGGAAGACUGUGAAAGGAUGGAGUAUUUAUUCACAUUUGCAACUGUCAAAAGUUUGGUGAAACUUGAGACCCUAAUCAUAAAUAGUUGUGAAUCAAUGAAAGAAAUUAUUAAAGAUGAAAAUGAAGAUGGUUGUGCUGAGAUGGUAUUUGGACAACUCAAAUCAAUCAAGCUGGAAUCAUUGCCAAGACUUGUAAGGUUUUAUUCAGGGAAGGCCACUCUGCAAUGCUCAUAUUUAAAAAUGGUAAUGGUAGUUGAAUGUCCGAGUAUGAUAACUUUUUCUGAAGGAGUCAUCAAAGUGCCAAUGCUUUCAGGAAUUCAAACAUCUAAGGAUUCUAAAUUAAUAUUCCAUGAGGAUCUCAAUACAACUAUCGAGAAAUUGUUUCACCAAGAGGAAUUUAUGGAAUAUUCAAAGCGUAUGAUUCUUGAAGACUAUCUUGGGAUGUCUGGAGUUUACCACACAAAACCUAUUGUUUCAGACAAUUUUUUUGGUAGUUUCAAGAAAUUGGAAUUUGAUGCAGCAUGCAAUAGAACUAUUUUAAUUCCAUCUCAUGUACUUCCUUACUUGAAGAACUUACAAGAAUUGAAUGUGAAAAAAUCUGACGCAAUGCAAAUAAUAUUCGACAUUAACGAGUGUGAGGUCAAGACGAAGGGAGUAGUUUUUGGUUUGAAAAAAAUUACUUUAAAGAACUUGUCAAAUUUGAAACAUAUAUGGAAGGAAAAUUCCUCAGGAAUUGUCAGCUUUCAAAAUUUGCAAAAAGUGAAUGUUAAUGGUUGUGGAAGCCUAGUAACAUUGUUCCCUUUAUCACUUGCCAAAAAUCUUGGGAAGUUGGAGACACUUGAUAUUAAGAAGUGUGAGAAAAUGGUAGAAAUAGUUGGAAGGGAAGAUGAAAUGGAACAUGGAACGACAAUAAUGUUUGCAUUCCCUUGUUUGUCAUAUCUAUAUCUUGAAAUGAUGCCACUGUUGAGUUGCUUUUACCCUGGAAAGCAUCAUCUAGAAUGUCCCUUGUUAGAUAAGUUAUAUUUGGAAUGUUGUCCUAAGAUGAAGCUAUUCAGAUCAAGCUUUGAUGAUGACAGUAAAAAAGAAGUUUUAGAGACUCCAAUUAACUUGUUACAACAACCUUUGUUUUCUAUUGAAAAGGUUUCUCCCAAACCGGAGGGGUUGACACUUAAUGAGGAAAACAUUAAGCUAAUGAGUGAUGCACGUUUGCCAGAAGACCUUCUUUGUAAAUUAAAAUAUCUUAUACUAUCCUUUGAGGAUGAUAACAAUGGGAAAGAUAGUUUGCCUUUUGAUUUCUUUCACAAGCUACCCAAUUUAGAAUGGCUUACAGUACGAAAAUGCUUUGGUCUGAAGGAGAUAUUUCCCUCUCAAAAGUUUCAAGUUCACGACAAAGUACUUGCUGGAUUAAAAGGAUUAUGUUUGCUGGAAUUAAAGGAGUUAAAGUGUAUAGGUUUAGAGCACACAUGGGUACAACCAUACUCCAAAAAGCUUGAAUUGUUAAGGCUUCACAAUUGCCCUGGAGUAGAAAGCAUAGUUUCUUGUGCAGUGUCAUUCAUCAAUCUUAAAGAGUUAUAUGUGAAGCUCUGUGAAAAGAUGGAAUAUUUAUUCACAUUUGCAACACUCAAAAGUUUGGUGAAACUUGAGACUCUAAGCAUAAAGAAGUGUGAAUCAAUCAAAGAAGUUGUGAAAAAGGACGAUGAAGAUGGUUGUGAUGAGAUAGUAUUUGGAAAGCUCAGAUCAAUUAAGCUGAAUUCCUUACCAAAGCUAGUAAGCUUUUAUUCAGGGAAUGCCACUUUGCAAUGCUCAUAUUUGAAAAACGUCAUGGUAGCUGAAUGUCCCAAUAUGAUAACUUUCUCUCAAGGACUCAUUAAAGUGUCAAUGUUUUUGGAGAUUCAGACAUCAAAAGAUUCUGAUUCAAUAUUUGACGGCGAUCUUAACACAACGAUCCAAAAGUUGUUUCACAAUCAGCUAGCUGUGAUUGCCGCAUUGCAUUCUCAGAGGUGGAGGAACAAUGAUGAUACAAGUAUCAUGAACAAAAGUUUAUUCUAAGUCUUUUUUUGUUGUUUGAAAUGCUUGAAAUACAAAUAACUUUGGACCUACAUGGCCAUCUAUUGUAUGGGAUUAAGUUAGUUAUAUUCUGUAUGCAUGUUAGUUCUGAACCUAAAAUACUUUGAAGAUUGAACUUCGUAACAAUGUCAUGUCUGUCACCCCUUAAAAAUGUGUUUGA